UUCGCCCAUACAGAAGGUUACUCGCUUGAGUCUUUCGUUUUCCGCUCCCGUGUAUCGCGCGUAAUAACAACGUAAAUAACUAACCACCAUGAAUCAUGUAACCGUAAAAUUAACGCAAUAUUAGAGAAUUUUUAAUUACUUGGUUACAGGCUAAUUAAAGUCACUAAGUAAAAAAAAAAGUGGCUUCUUUCCACUGUUUAAGUGAUACUCGCAAACGAAGAACGCCGUUUUGGUUUCGCCAUCUAUUCUGUGUUUUUCAUGUCGUUCACUUCGUCAGUAUAAUUGUAACUAAAUGCAAACCCGCAUAUUCGUUGUAAAACUGAAUUUAUGGCCAACUAGAUUUCGUUAGCUUGUCACAGUGCAUUAAGUAGCGAGUUUUUCGUUUGUUUUUCUUGAAAUGUGGAACGAGAAUUCAAGAAGGUCACAGCGAGUUUUCGACAUGUCGAGCAUAUUGUGAGCUGAAAGUGCAUCCAAGUUCUGGUCAAAAAAAGUGAUAAGUAUCCAUAACACCAACACGAAAGUUCUCCAAUACCCAAAUACUUUUAUUGAUUUGUUUUUUUUUUUGGCAUCGCCAUCGAUACGAAUUGCACGGUAGUGUAUGCGGUCAUACUUUUUGUUUGGUUUUUUGCGCGGUGUGAAUUUUGCGUUCACCUUUCCAAUGACUUAGUGGCCCAGAGUGGAGACCCAUUUGAACGACCCACUCUUCGUGUUGGAGCCUCAGUUUCAACCUUAUGCCUUGUUGGUAGUACGAAGGAACAAGUUUUUUUUUGUGGUUGUGUAAAAGACACAAAAUUACGCAAACCUUAGCGGAGAGUUUUACGUGCACAAUGAUGGAUCACUGAGUCAUUUUGAAAGCAUCUCAGAUUUUUGCGUAUGUGAAAUGCACGAGUUGGAGUUUAGUAAACAAAGUGUAGAUAAUUGAAGACGAUAAAAUCAAGCGAAUCUCACAAUCACCGACGAACGAUUUAGAUGUAAUGACUAAAAGCGAGUACUUUCUGUAAAUCAACGUACAGUAACAACAAUUCAACCACCAAAUGAAAUAAUUAUUUCAAUGGGAACCGCCGUUACCGCUCCAAACAAUAACAAUUGAACUACAAUAAAAUGAAACUUAAGAAAACAAUCAAACUAUGAUUACACGUGGGAAUCGAGAUCCACUCCGAAAAAUGAACAGCGAAUUUAACACGAAAGACUGCAGUGAUGUAACGAAUUAUCCGCCAUUAUUGAAAUUCAAUUUUUCGGCCGUUACUUUUCUCGCGCUCCUCAAGGAAAAUCCCAUCAAUUCUUUUGGUUAGUUUAUAUGAAAAGAAUUGAGUUAAAUUAUUCGAGAGGGAGUCUUCCUUCAUUCUUCUAAAACUACAUAAAUACAGGAAAAUUUUUGGUGAAAUAAUAAAAUAAAUUAAUUCACGGUACCAUUAUUGGGUGAGAAGGUGAAUUGUGCAAGAUCCAUGGUCAUUUGAGGAAGUAAGAAUUAGGCGAAAACACGAUUCAUCUGAAAUUACGAGGAAACUAGAGCAAGCAUGGAUCUGAAUAACGAAGAGAAAAUGGAGUCGGCGACAAACUCUACAAAGCUAAAUGAAAAACGCAAUUUUUCCGAGCGAUUGUAUCAGUUCUGGACGGGGCGUGUUAUGGAAUAUUUCUCAAAAGCUAAUUUAUUUACAAUAUGUUGCGUAACGGCUGGAUUGUUGCUGAUAGUAUAUCUAGGAGCAUUCUCAUGCGAAGUCUCUUGGUUAUUGGAAGCUCAUGGAGACCUUCCAACUCCAUCGUAUUUAUUAUGCGCUGGAUAUUUCAUAAUGUUUGUUGCCUCAACGAUCCUAAUACAUGGCCUAGUCACAGGACUACCAUGGGGAUUAUUUAGUUGGUCUGUGAUAGUCGGAAUUCUUUCAAUUCCGGAACUAGCAUUCGUUAUGAUUAUGACUACACAAUUUUGGGGUCUACAAUCUACACAUGGAUUGACAGAGCUUGUAGGAUAUUUAAUUCGAUUGAUAAUCAAUUGCCUAACAUUGUUAUGUGUAAUACCGACGGCGUUAAAAUGGCGUCGUGAAGCGAAAGUCCUGACUCAGCUACAGACUUUAGCAGCCCGUCUGCAGCUUCAGACACCACCACCAACUACGCCGGCAUUAAAGUCGAACUCGACACGAAAUAGUAAAAAGCGACGUAGGAGUCGAAGACCUAGUGCUUACGAUAAUCCUGGCUUUGUUGUGAACGAGGGAGGAAUGAAUCCCAUGUUUCCCCCCUUCCAGGAUAGCUACUCUCAAAACAACGAAUUCAAUGCAAGUAUAUUUGGCUUGCAUCCCGGACAAUACAUUGGACCUUAUCCCCCACCACAAGCAGCUUUCUCUAAACGAACACAAUCGCUAUUGGACUUACGAUACGUCCUUCCAACUUUCAACCAAAAAUCAUCUAUCGACGAGUGUGAUGGUAAAAUUUUGAACAACAAUAUCGAAAAUCUGAAAAACGUAAACGAAAAGACAAAACCACCCCUCCAGGACGUGACUAGCAUGAAAGUAGCGCCAGAUGACCCCAUUUAUUGCACAAUCGACUCAAACAAAAGUACCAAAUUAGCAAGAAAUUGUGUCUCACUUGAAAAUCUCGAGGACAUUACUAAACUCAAAAACGAUCUAAGUUACGGCAAUAAUCUGUUGCAAAACUACCACUUCUGGCCGAUGAUGGGAGGGUUUGGACCGGCGCAACUGCAGCAACCUCCGCAUUACCAAUUUCUCCGGUUUCCAUUUGCAUACUAUCAUCACCAGCAUAAUCCUCUAGUAGGUUGUGGUGGCGUCGGUUACGGGGGAUUCACACAUCCUUAUGCAAAUCGAAGCAACACGAAUAGCAAGCAAUCGGUUGGGACAUCCGAAUCGGAUGACUACCGGAAAUAUCGGGACGUGGCAUUAUAGUAGGCGAAGUCGGUGCUGAAUGCAUUCUUCAGAAAAUUAGACCAAAGUUAUGAUAUUAGAACGAAUAUAGCAAUAUUGAUUGAAAUUAAUUGUUCAUCGUCAUCGUUGGCAUUUGUGCUUAGUAUCCAGUCAAGUAUAUGACGUCAGAUACGCCUUGCAACUGUUUCAUUAGCAGAGAAUAUUCCUAACAUUCGGAAGUUGCACCACUUACAUGUCCUAGUCUUCAACGUUUACCUGAGUUAACGAACACAAAACGCAUUAAGCUGUUAAGAGAAAUAUUAUAGAAUCGACCAAAAGGGUGUUACUAACAAUUCGGAACUAUGGUGGGAUAUAUAUUUUAUAGAAUUAUAUUUGUACGAACCAGUAGAUGUAAUAUUUAUUGUUUUUAGUGUAUUUGACUAUGUUAAAGUUGUCUAACCAAUAUGUAAAUAUUUACUAUAUGUAUGUCCUUUACUUUAAUAUCGAGAGACCUAAAGAAUGUUGAUAUAUUUUUAUAGAUAAUAA